GGAGCCAGGGAGAAAUGGAGAUGGAGCAGAGAGAGGGGUCCAUGGCAGCCGUGGGCUUUGAGGAGUUCUCAGCACCUCCCGGCUUGGAGCUGGCGCUGCCUCCGCUGUUCGGUGGUCACAUCCUGGAGAGCGAGCUUGAGACCGAAGUAGUGGAGUUUGUGUCUGGGGGUCUGGGCAGCUCCAGCCUCCAGGAGCAAGACGAAGAGGAGGAGGCAGCCCGAGGCUGGCGGCGGCGCCAACGGGAACUCAAUCGCAGGAAGUACCAGGCGCUGGGUCUGCGCUGCAGGGAGAUCGAGCAGGUGAACGAGCGGGUCCUGAACAGGCUCCAUCAGGUACAGAGGAUAACACGGAGACUCCAGCAGGAGCAGAGGUUCCUCAUGAGGGUGCUGGACUCCUACUGCGACGACUACCGGGCCAGCCAGUUCACCAUCUUACUGGAGGACGAGGGCAGCCAGGGCACAGACGCCCCCACCCCAGGCAACACUGAGAACGAGCCUCUGGAGAAAGAGGGGCUGUCCCCGCCCAGGAGGACACCAGCGCCCGCAGAAGCCAGCAGUCCGGCCCCUGGCGAGGGGCCCAGCGGGUGGAAGAGGCGGCGAGUGCCAUGGGAAGGGUGCCGGGCGGGAGUCCCGCUGACUCCGGAGCUGGCCCCCGUGCAGAUAAAGGUGGAGGAAGACUUUGGCUUCAAAGUGGUCGAGGCUCUGGACUCAAGUUGGGUUUCUCGGGGGCCAGACAAGCUGCUUCCCUACCCCACCCUAGUCAGCUCCCCCUUUGACUGACCCCCCAAUAAACAGACCCCAUGCUC